AUGGCAAGACUUCUGAGGGUUCUGGCCGCGCUCCAAAUCCAGGCCAUGGCCCACAUCUUUGCGGCCCAGAAAGAGAAGAAGAAGGCCGACCGCAAUCGAAAGUCCGAGAAGGCGAAGAAAGUCUUUGUCGAGUCUCCCAUCUUUCGGUCCUCCCGCAGAAGCCUGCAAGAGACCCUCUCCAGAACAGGCCACGACACUUGGCCGUCGCGAAUUGGAUACUGCCAAGUCUCAGAUCAUCAUUCUCAAAUCUCAAUCGCGCACUCAUCUCCUCGAAUUGUGCGAUAA